UUUGGCCGAGAUAACAUGAUAAACCAUAUCACAUCUCUUUGCCGUUAUCUUAAAGCAGGCCUUUUCACUCAGAAAACAACAGAUAAUGCAGAUAAAACGUAUAUUCGGCCAGACCUCAGUAGUCAACAUCAACAAGGGGCAAUUUGCACGUUAUUCCGAUCGCUCGUGUUAAAGCAAUAUACACACGUCGUAAGAGCGAAUUUUACCACGUCUGUCCCGACGGCAGGUGCGGCCAUGAGCGACGCCACGCCCCAGCAACCGAGCGCAGAGGGGCGCCGCUUCUCGUACGUGAUGGGCGGGCCGGACCCCUUCGACCAGGCCGACAAGGGCUGGGUGGGCGUCGCCGAAGCGACAGAGGACAACCCUCGGCCCAAACAGAUUCCCCGAGUCAGUGCCCAAGCUGAGGACGAAGCAGACGGAGGGGAGGAGGAAGAGCAGGAGAAGCAGAAAGCGUGGAGGAGGAACGAGGACAUCCCGAUGCGCUUCGACGAGCUCCCGACCGAAGAGAAGUGGAUCAACGUGAGCGAUGUCAUCCGCAGGCAGAGGGAGGAACAGGCGCUGCGGGAAGCCAAGCAGAAUAAGGUGAGGCCUCCCCCCGACCCGGAGGAGGGACGUCCCGAGGCCCCUUCCGACUCCGACGACGACGAUGACGCGGUUAAAAGGGGGAAUCGGGAGAAACAGGAGGGAAAUUCCGCUCGACUCAGAGAAAGAGAGGAAUCUAACGACUCUGAGGACGACUCGGCGGGCGUCGACACCAUCACGGAGUCCAUGCUCCAGUUCGCCCUCAAGCCCGGUCUCAUGGGAAAGGACAGAGGCUUGGGAAGGCGGAGUUCCCUGCCAGCGACCCCUACUCCUGCUUACGGCAAACUCGACCGAACGGGCUUCCUCUGGCCGGCCGCGGAGAGACCGCCUCGCAGAUCCUCGUUCACCGAGGAAGAGGAGGAGCGACCGCCCCUCCGACACAGGCCUCAGGAACAGCACAUCAGGAGAGGGAGGUCCCCUCGACACAGCUUCAGCGAGGACAGGGUGGUCGAGAGACGCCCUGACAGAGAGCCUAGUCCCGACUACGAAUUGGAUGACAGUCCUCCUCGAUCUCCCUAUCGCCAGGAAUACGAGCCGGGUCGUCGAGGACAUAGGCCUCACGACCGACACCACGACCCCUAUUACGAAGACGACCGGAGGCAGCGUUAUCCCGACGAUGACUGGGGAUACGACCAUGACCCAAGAUCGUACGGGCGAGAGGACCCCGACGAUGACUAUCCUGGGGGGAGGCAUCCAAUGGAAUCGAGAUACGACGAGGACUACUACCCCAGGCCAUCGGGGUACGACCGCGGUGCUUACGACGACUCACCAGAGCGACACUAUGAGGGUGACCGCCGCCGAGACUACUUCCGCCAACACAGCGACCCAAGGCAUGAGCGGGGCAGCCAAGCGUACAGCCACCCGCAAUACCGUUAGUUUCCUGUGUACUGUACUUUUCUCAGCUAUCCUUCACGGCUUUGCAUUACUUUUCCGUGUUUUGCAUUGCCUCGGACAAACCUGUAGUUUCAUCUUGUUUUUUAAACCGAGGCAGAAUCAAGUAUAUAUGAAUGUUUUUUUUAAUGAUUCUCUGAUAUCAAAUAAUUAAGCUCAAAUUCUUCCACUUCACAAAAGAUUCAUAAUAAUUAUAACCUGAUAUCUAAAAAUGCAAAUUAAACACUAUAAGCAUACUGUAUAAGGAAGUUACAGACAAACCAUUUAUGCUUGUAUCUUGAAUAAAACCUUUAUGUUCUGCAAA